AUGUAUAUGCUUUUGCUCGAUGCUUUGCCGUGCCUUGGGCCUGGUAACUGUAUAUUAGGUGGUGGUUCUGGAUACACUCUCAUUACAGCAUAUUCAUCCCUUCUCACCCCCUUCACCCCCUUCACCCCCUUCACCCCCCCAUUCCUGCCCUCAUUUCAAGCGAAAGCAACAGCCCCUAACAACAACAACAAUAAUAACAACAAUAACGACUCCGCCUUGCAUUCUCGUCGUCGUAAAGAAAGCGACUCUGAGCCUAUAACGAGUCUGGGCUCUCUACAGCCACCCACAGCUAUGGCUCCGCCCUCUCCAUCGAAACCCGGACCGCUGUCCUCCCAUCCUGUGACCAGUGUCGAUCCGUCAGCCUCUAGCGGCAUCAGAGCUGCAAGAGACUCCCGCCCUGGAACCGACACAGGACCCCGAUCUCCAGUGCUCAAGUCCCGUUCUCGCUUUCACGAGGGCUCCAUGAACGACCGAACAUCCUCCAUUCCACCCAUCAGCUUCCUCGGCCCCGAAGAAGAGGCUUUUGAGCGCCGAAUGCGCCUCGACUACCCAGGCCGACCUUCCCAAAACACGUCGUACGAACGCGGGGCCUCGUCGCUGGACAGUUCGCAUACUCUCUCCCCUCAACCUCAGCCUCCACAUCUCGGUGGCGGCCCGAGACCGGUUAGCGCCGCCGGCCACUACGUCGGAAACAAGAAGGGAUUUUGGGGUGGCUUGCGGGAGAAACUCAGCUUUUCGCGUGAUAAGAGCACCGGUGGCUUGAAGCGACCCGCGAGUCUCGAUGCGAAGGCCAACCCCGCUGGUGCUGCUUCUGUCUCUGUCUCUGUCUCUGCCGCUGCCGCUGCCGCUGCCGCUGCCAAUACCAAUGCCGCCGGACUCGCUUCUGAGAUGAGAGGCGUGAGCACAAUGCCGAGCAAGGAGGAAGUUGCUGCCAGCUACCAGAAGCUCAUGCGAGACGGCUUUUUCAGCUCCCACGCCAUCCCAUCCGCUCGCCAACCCCCUCCGCCGGGCAUCUCGGUGCCGUCUACUCCAACUUCCAUGCAUCCCCCGACCGGCGCUUCGUUUGCCGCUCGCAUGGCCAUUCACGACACCAAUGGCAAUUGGGGGUUGCCUAGGCAGUCGCCGCUCCCUCCUAUUCCUUCGCCUUUACAAUCGCAAUCGCAAUCCGGACGUGGUGACGGUUACGGUGGCGGUUACGGUGACGGCUACGGUGACGGUGAUCAGAUGAGCAGCCCAUCCCGCGGGACCAAGCGUGGCCACGCCGACGGAGACGAUGACACUUCGCUGUCAUUCAAGAAACUCCGUAAAUCCGCCUCCCGCAUCUCUUCUGAACUCCCAUUUCCCGGCCUCCGGAAGCAACGGUCUCGCCAGGCCGUACAGUCUCCGAACAAUUCCCGCCCGUCCGAUUCAUCCGCCGCCCACGCCCACGCCCACGCCGCCGCCGUUGCAGCUAUGCCCCCUCCCCCCACCCCCUUCGGCAUCCAGGUCCGUCGCACGUUCAGUUCUUCUUCCGGCCGCGAAACGAACCGCCUCGCGAAGCGGCCCCAAAGUUCCGGCAGAGGACGCGCCCCGCCGUCCGGAGACCCUUCCUUGGCCGCGAGCGGCCCUGAUACCCGCAUGAGCAUCGACUCGGGCGCCCCCUCCUUCGACAGCAUAGCCACCACCGCGUCCACGUCCCGAGACGAGAUGCGCGGCAGCACCGUUGGCUUCAUCAACAGCAGCCACGCUGCUUUUUCCGAUUCUAUGCGCUGGGCCAGGCCGGCGAGGCGGAACAACAACAACAACAGCAACAACAGCAACAACCAAGGUACUACCACCGGACUGCGCGUCCGCCCCGACACCAACAGGGGGGUCCCCACGGUGCCGCGUGUCCCGGACCAGUUUAAGAUGCGGUCUGGCGGCGGUGCGGAGAACCAGGUCUCCGACGUGCAUCCUCCGUUCUACCAGCAACAGCAGGUUCAGGGCGAGGGUCACGGGCAUGGACAGGGCUGCGAGUCUCGAUCGCCUCCGAGCUGGAGCUUGGGCGUUUAUUUUGGUUUCCCGCCGGCUUUCUUUGGUCUUGCCAUUCGCGCCCUUUUGAUCCGAAAGUGGUUCAUCUUCGGGGCACACGACAGAUCGAGAACACGCGAUGGCAGGGAUUAUGUUGGUUUGCUGGACGAUGACCAGACAGUUUCACGCUCAGGGCCCCUCCGGAAACAGUGGGAGAGAGAAACCGCCUCUCCCUUCCGAUUUAAGGAUGAUAGAAAUGUGAUGGCAACCGAGCGAAACGCCAGCUUCCCGCCGGAUUGGAAGAAGAUAAAUGAAAAUGCGUAA